AUGAAACCCCCCAGGUAUUCCAUCUGUUGCAACUGUACGACGCGCCGAGUCUCCGUUUUUCGUCACGGAAUCACGAAUGUCGUCUCCUUCUUUGCCGUCAUCAUCGAGGUGCUAAUGCUGAUCAUGUUCGUCUACACGCCAGCCGCCCAAUACGUCAUGGAUAUCCGAUCACCACCGGGAUUCGUGUGGGCGUUCGCGCCGUUCGUCGGCUUGUACCUGCUCGUCUUCAACGAGUUGCGAAAAUUCCUGAUCCGGCGGCAUCCGAGGCAUUGGCUCGUUAAACUCAUCAAAUGG